AUGGCUGAUCACCAGAGAAUUCAUCCGGUGGACGUCGGAUCUCCAUCGCCAUCAGCUCCACAAGCAUCCCACAGCUUCUCGCAAUCCGAAAAGCAUGAUGUUACCGAUCGAUGUGCUCGGUUGCAUGGCACCAUCCCAGUGGCCCAUGCAGAGCAAGCCAAGAAGAAGAGGAGCUGCUACUGUUGCUGCAAGUGUUUGUGCUGCACCACCCUCAUCAUUGUCAUACUCAUCAUCCUUAUUGGAGCCACUGCUGGCAUUCUAUACCUCAUCUUUGAUCCCAAGAUACCCAAGUACUCGGUCGACCGCCUCGGCAUCUUGGCAUUUAAUGUGGACAAUAACAUGGUCAGGGCCAGCUUCAACGUGACGGUCACUGCAAGGAAUCCAAACAAGAAGAUCGGCAUCUACUAUGAGGAAGGAAGCUAUCUGAGCGUGUGGUACACUGAUAGCAGCCUGUGCAAGGGGAGCUUCCCGGAGUUCUACCAGGGCCACCAGAACAUGACAGUGCUGAACAUCAUAAUGACCGGUGAGGCCCAGCUGACCGGCGAGCUUCUCACCGAGUUGCUGCGGCAGCAGCAGACUGGGAUGAUACCGCUGCUCUUUAAAGGCGAUGUGCCGGUGAGGGUGAAGUUUGGAAGCCUGAAGCUCUGGAAGGUGACCUUCAGAGUCAGGUGCAAUCUGGUGGUGAAUAGUUUGAGUGCCAGCAAUCAGAUUAGCAUCAAAUCAAGCAGCUGCAAGUUUAAGUUGAAGCUCUGA